AUGGCCACUGAUUAUGAAGUAGCGCUCCGGUGCGCUCCUGCUGCCGAGGACAGCGAAGCAUCAAACCAGAAGCAGGUCCAAGAUGGGGAUAUCGAAGGGACUAAUGGCCGUAAUCAGGCCGACUCUCAGGCCCAAACUCCUAGGUCGAAAACAAUUGCAAAGUCCGAAGACGAUAACCAUUCUACCUCUGACGAGAAGCAACGUCCGCAGAUCGAUUUUGUCACUAUGGGCAUGUUCAUAAUCGACGAUAUUGACUAUGUACCACCUAAGCCGUCUGUGAAGGGCAUACUGGGAGGGGCAGGAUCUUAUUCCGCACUCGGUGCUCGCCUUUUUUCCCCCAGCCCCGUGUCAUCUAGCAUUGGCUGGAUUGUUGACAAGGGGUCAGAUUUUCCACCAUCAGUUGCUGAUCUCAUACAAAGCUGGGAAACGUCUGCCGUCAUCCGAGAGGAUAUGAGCCGGUCGACAACUAGAGGUUGGAAUGGCUACGAGGGCACAUCCGAAAAACGUUCCUUCAAGUACCUCACACCGAAGAAGCGUCUCACAGCAGAUGAUCUUACCCCUGAGCUUCUUCAAGCGCGCUCUAUCCACCUCAUAUGCUCACCGCUACGCUGUCAGCAGUUGGUGGCUGAUAUCACCGCUCGUCGAAAGGAAGUCGCACCUGAUACGUACACGAAAGCGAUAUUCAUCUGGGAGCCGGUCCCGGAUCUUUGUACCCCGGACGAACUUUUGAAUUGCACCAACACACUUCCACUGGUCGACGUCUGCAGCCCCAAUCAUACAGAACUGGCAGGUUUCAUGGGAGAUGACGGACUCGAUCCCGAGACCGGAGAGAUAUCGACUGUAGCCGUCGAACGCGCAUGUGAACAGCUCCUGGGCAGCAUGCCAUUGCAGUCAUUCUCACUCGUCGUUAGAGUCGGUGACAAGGGAUGCUAUAUCGCCAAGAACGGUGGAAGAAAACGUUCACGUGCUCAGGGCCCAAACAAGAAGCAAAGGAAGAAGCACUUCCCGCGAGGCGGGCUUCAGCCUGACACCGAUAUGGAGGCGCUAUUUGCUGGGCUGCUACAGGAUGAAGAUGGGUUUGUGUCCAGGGAGGAAAUCGAGUUGGACCCUGGCAUCGAACGUUGGAUACCAGCUUAUCACCAAGACGCCUCAAAGGUCGUCGACCCAACUGGGGGCGGAAACACCUUUCUGGGAGGUCUUGCAGUAGCGCUCGCCAGAGGCCAAUCCAUCGAGGAUGCUGCCAUCUGGGGUUCUGUUGCUGCUAGUUUUGCGAUCGAACAAGUUGGCAUGCCUACCCUCGAGAAAAACGGUACUGAUCCUGAGACAUGGAAUACUGUUGUUGUCAACGAACGACUGGAGGAGUUCAAAACCCGAAUAUCAUCAUGA